UGAUGAUCCUCUCUCUCGCGCGCGAGUCUUCGUUGGAUUUAGGUAGGAUUCAAUCGCUGCUUUAGUUUAACUUUAAUCUGCGACUAAACCCCGGUUUGCUGGGUUCAGUGUCUUCCCGAAUGGAGAUGAAGAAAGUGAAGUCUUUCGCAAUUCGCAAGUCAUAAUCACACAGGGGAUGGGUGAUAACAAAUGCACGGUCAUCAGCUAGAACCCAUAUUGUGAAUUUGUGAUUGGUUUGUGUUCAAUACAUGUGCCGUCGUCAUGGGCAGUGCCUGCUCAAGGAAGAGGGGCCAGCUGGUCGACGAGGAUGAUCUGUACAGCGCGAGGUUCUCCAAGAGUGGCAGCUUCAAGUGGCUGCUGCACACACUGCCCCGCAGCAACUCCGAUGAUGUGCACCGGAGGGCGCAGGGGCCGGGGCUGGGGCCGGGGCCGGGGCGGUGCCCAUCACUGGUGGAGCUCUGCGUGGCCAAAGUCCGUGAGGACAUGAGUAGGUAUUCUGAUUUCUCCCUGCUGCCCAGGGAUCUUAGUCAGCAGAUAUUCAAUGAACUGGUGGAGUGGAGCAACCUCACCGAGGCAUCGCUUGGAGCUUUUCGUGAUUGCGCUUUGCAGGAUAUUUGUCUGGGAGAGUAUCCUGGAGUGACGGAUGCCUGGAUGGAUGUAGUGGCUUCUCAAGGGCAAUCCUUGCUAUCUGUUGACAUCUCUUGCUCUGAUGUGACUGAUAUUGGAUUGGAUAUUCUUAAGGAUUGCUCAAGCAUGCAAAGUUUGGCAUGCAAUUUCUGUGAUAAAAUCUCAGAGCAUGGACUUAAAACAUUGUCAGGGCUUUCAAACUUGACAUCACUGAGCAUUAAGAAAUGUGCUGCUGUUACUGCUGAAGGAGCAAAAACCUUUGAAAACUUAGUUAAUUUGGUGAACUUAGAUCUCGAGCGGUGUCCAAAGAUUCAUGGUGGGCUUGUUCAUUUAAAAGACUUGAAAAAACUGGAAAAACUGAAUCUGAGAUACUGUAGCUGCAUCACAGAUUCAGAUAUGAAGUAUCUGUCAGAUCUUACAAAUUUGAGAGAGUUACAACUCUCUUGCUGCAAAAUCUCUGAUUGUGGUGUUUCUUAUUUGAGAGGUCUAUCCAAGCUAGCUCACCUAAACCUGGAGGGCUGUACAAUAACUGCAGCUUGUUUGGAAGUUAUAUCAGGACUGGCUUCGUUGGUCUUGUUGAAUCUGAGUAGGUGUGGCAUUUACGAUGAAGGAUGCGAGAACUUAGAAGGUCUUGUCAGAUUGAAGGCUCUAAAUUUGGGGUUCAACCACAUUACAGAUGCCUGUUUAGUUCAUUUAAAAGAUCUGAUCAGCUUGGAGUGCUUAAAUUUGGACUCAUGCAAGAUUGGUGAUGAGGGCCUAUUACACCUGAAAGGCCUCGUGCAGCUAAAAACCCUGGAGCUUUCAGACACUGAAGUUGGGAGCAAUGGACUUUGUCAUCUUUCUGGUCUGCGGAAUUUGCAGAGCAUCAAUCUCUCUUUUACAUUGGUUACUGACAUUGGUUUGAAGAAAAUUUCUGGCUUGAAAUCACUGAAGUCUCUUAAUCUUGACAAUCACCAAAUCACAGAUAAUGGCUUAGCAGCUCUUACAGGUCUCACUGGAUUGACACACCUGGACCUAUUUGGAGCUCGUAUAACUGAUUCUGGCACAAACUGCUUCAGAUAUUUCAAGAAUCUACAGUCCCUGGAGGUCUGUGGUGGGUUAAUCACGGAUGCUGGAGUGAAGAAUAUCAAAGACCUGAAAGCUCUGACGCUGCUUAACCUGUCUCAAAAUGGCAACCUCACGGACAAAACCCUUGAGCUGAUCUCCGGCCUGACUGCGUUGGUCUCAUUGAACCUGUCCAACUCCCGGGUGUCCAACUUGGGUCUCCACCACCUGAAGCCGCUGCAGAACCUGCGCUCCCUGUCUCUGGAGUCCUGCAGGGUGACGGCAAACGAGAUCAAGAAGCUUCAGUUGGCUGCCCUUCCAAACCUGGUGAACGUGCGGCCAGAGUAGUAUGGCAGCAGGCACCUGCAGCCAACUGUAAGCAGGUAGUAGUGCCUGCUUAAGGCAAGCCGUCCUGUAUAUAUCUUCCAAGAACAAGCUUGUGCAAUCUGUAGAUUGGUCUUGUGUUACGUGACUACUACGUCUGUGUACCCACCAAAGCUGAUGGGAAGGAAGAACUGUAAAUAUGGCGUGCUUCCUCUGCAUGGUGUCAGUUUUAUGCUAGUUUUAAUGGUAUGUCAAAACUAUUCAUACA